CCUCGGUGCUCCUUUCGGGUCGGACGAAAGGAGGGGAUUGAGAAAGGGGGGAGGGUGUGAGGGUGCGACAUCUGCUGCAUGCAGCCAGUUUCGGCCGCGCCGCCGGGCGCUUUUCACGAUGCAUGGGCACCCCUGGCGCCAGGGGGGCGCUGGGAAAACCAGCUGCAGGGAGCUGAUUCUCCUAUACAUAUCCUCCUGGCCCCCGCCGUCGCCCUGGUCCUUGUCGCCGCCCCCGGUCCGGGCCCUUCUGGCUGGCUCAAGAGUCGGGCUCGGACUUCUCUUUCAGGCCUCCUGGUCGCCUCGCUCCGUCGCGCACCCAGCCUGUAGGCAGGAUGGGCAUUGUGUUCACCAAGAUCUGGCAGCGCAUGGUCAGCAAGGAGGAGAUGCGCAUCCUGAUGCUCGGCCUGGACGCGGCGGGGAAGACGACCGUCCUGUACAAGCUGAAGCUCGGGGAGGUCGUGACGACGAUCCCGACGGUGGGCUUCAACGUGGAGAGCGUGGAGUACAAGAACAUCAGCUUCACCGUGUGGGACGUCGGCGGGCAGGACAAGAUCCGCCGGCUCUGGCGCUACUACUUCCAGGGCACCCAGGGGCUCGUCUUCGUGGUGGACAGCAGCGACCGGGACCGCGUGGAGGACGCGCGGGAAGAGCUGAUGCAGGUGCUCGGCGAGGACGAGAUGCGGGGCGCCGCCCUGCUCGUGCUGGCCAACAAGCAGGACCUGCCAAACGCCAUGCCCGCUGCGGAGCUGACGGAGAAGCUGGGCCUCCCGAGCCUCCGCGCCCGGCAGUGGUACAUCCAGUCGGCGUGCGCCACCUCUGGCGACGGCCUGUACGAGGGGAUGGACUGGAUGUCGCGCGUGCUGUCGUGCAGGAAGUGAGCGCCGCGGGGGGAGGCGCGAGCCCGCUUGCCUUUUUGUUCGCUCGUCUGCCGCCCGAUCGGGGGGGGGGGCCCGGCCAGUGCAGCCCUGCUUCGAGGCGGGGAGCGGCUCGGCGCCGACGCGCGUUUUUUUGUUUGUUUGUUUGUUUGUUUGUCUGCUCGCUCACUCUCCCCGCAGAGCCCGGUCGUUGCAGCCCUGCUUCCCGAGGCGGGGGGCGGCCGCGGCCGCGCACUCGGAGCGGCCAGCCGUGGGACUCGUGUACAGUGCGAUCGCGGAGAGUCAGCUCGCAG